AUGGCGGAACCUGAGGAGGUCAACUCCUCUUCCUUUACAUCUUCUCCUUCUGCCUCUCCGUCUUCCUCUUCUCUCCGUUCUUCUUCAGUUGCAUCUGGUGUUUCUUCUCCCCCUUCCUCUGACUCCUCUCGCCUGCAUCAAGGUGUCUCAUGGAGUUCGCCUCUGCCGACCCGCUUGCCCCUGCGGGUUCACGACGCACCGCCAGACUUUGCGCAGCUCUCUGAGGAGGUAAAGGCCUUCGAGGCAGCUCUCGUGGCCUUCCUCGGCGCCGCAGCUGCUGCAGUGGGAGCCGCAUCGCGUGCGCUUGCCGCCAGUCGAGGGAAGAAGCCCUACGAGCCUCAGCGGCCUUCUGCCUCCGCCGCUGCCUCCCCGCCGCGGCGUGAGGCCUCAGAAGCCGCCUCGCUCGCCGCCGCCGCGCCCGCAUGCAAGCGCGCAGUCGGAGGCGCGGCGCGAGAAGGCGAGGCUCUUGUCCAGCGCCUCGAGGCUCUCUGUGCCAGCGUGCGUCGCCUUCCGCUUUCCGCGGAAGAUGCAGUCGCCCGCGGGACGGCUGCCACCGCCCUGGCGCGCGAGGCGGAGGAGGACGGGUCGCGGAUGGCGCGUAUGCAGCGCGAGAAGAAGGUGAAGACGCUGGUGGCGAAGAAGGCGGCGGCUGGUUUUCUCUCCCUGCACGAACUUGCGAUGCAGUUGAUUCCAGUCCUGGAGGCGCUGGAGCAGGGCGACCGGACGACUGCCAGCUCCUCGGCGGAGGCCUCACGCGCGCCGACGUCGCAGCUGACUGCCGCGUUUGCCGCGACGCUUGACGCCUCCAUCUUGCGUCCGCUUGUCGAGGCCGUUGCGCCAGCCAUCGCCUUGCUGAUGCAGGUGUGCUACCAACUUCAGGGCCUCUACAGGCCGCGGCAAAGUCCCGGCGAGCAGAGGCCGAAGUCUGCGGCGGAGGCGGAAGAAUCGACUGCGCGGCGAAGCUCCGCCUCUGCGCGCGCCGCGGCGCCGGCGUCGUCUACGCCCCCAGAGGCGUCUCCAUCGUUUCUGUCGUUCCUUUUUGGCGGCUCCCUGGUGCCCGCGGUGCGGCUGCUGUCGCUCGCGACCGUCCGCGAGAGCGCCGGCAGUCUGCUUCCAGUUCUCGGGCUCCUCCGCCUCGCCCUGACCCAUGGCUGGACGACUCACGUGCUCGCCGUCCGCGACGCCUCCGCCGCCGCCGCGCUGGCUGCCAGCGGCGCAUUUUCUGGGGCGGCUGAGGCCGCGUCGACGCGCCCUGCGGCUCACGAUAUCUUGGCUCGCUGCGUCCUGCAGCCGAUCCCCCGCGUUCGCGGCGAGCUGCCCUGUGGCGUCGUCCUCGGCAUCGCGAUCCACGAGCUGCUGCAGCUCGUCCUUGGGUCGGGGCGCGGUGCCGAAGUCGCCUCGCCGCGGCGGCGGGCGGUUCCUGUCCACCGCGCGGCCGUCGCACUCGCGCUGCAGUGUCUGUAUACUUCGGCAGACAUCUUUGACAUUCCGAUCGCGUCUGCCGCCCGAGGACCUGCGACUGCCGGUGCGGCGGGCGAGGCUGGGGAGGCCGCCAGCGGCGACGCGGAAACUCCAGGAUCGCCAGACUCGAGGCGCGACGCCCGUGGGCCUUCGAACCGCGAAGACGACACUCGGCGGCAGUGGACGCGGGCGAUCUUGAUUCAGUUCUACCCCGGUGUAGUGACUGCCGUGGCCGCGUUCCUCUCUCACGCCGAGCAGCCACCGCGGUCGCUAGCGCUCGCCUUGCUGGUUCUUGCGCGGUGGAUCUGGUCACUGCUGCAGUUAGAUUCUGACGCGAAAUCGAAGUCUGCUCGCGUGGCCUCCUCAAGUCCUGACGGGGGGGGUGGCGCGAGCUCGGGCACGCCUCGCGCAGACACGCCGGAGGGCGACGCCGCAGAGGAGGCGGAGGCGCGCUCGGCGACGCUCUCGGCGCGGCUGCGUUGCCUCAAGCACCUCGCGAAGGACUACACGCUGCAGGUGGAGCGACGAUGGCCGCGGGCGUCGUUGCGUCCGUUUCUCGCGGCUGAUGAGGGCGAUGCGAGCGCGGCGGACGGCGGCGAAGCGGAAGCAGAAGCGGAGGCGCGCAGUCAUAUCGGGAGAGUGUUUGGAUUCUCACUGCUGCAAGAUCUUCAGCUCCAGCAACAGAGGCGCGCCGAAGGAGACGUCUCGCGCGCGAGGAGGAAAACUUGCGCCGAGCGACAGCUGCGAGCGACGGUGCUCGAGGCAGCAAAACACACUUCCGAAAAGAUGGAGACUCUGCUGAGCUCCGCGUCGCCGCUUCCGCUGUCAGACUGGCGCGUGCGUCUCGGCCGCAUCUACCUCGCGGCGAGCCUCGUCGGCGGCUGUCGGACGCUCUUGACCGCGAAGUGUACGUACGCCGCGGUCGAAGUCCUCCUCCAGGCGCUUGCAGACGAGCAACAAGACCUCGCGCAAACCGCAGAGUCGGCGCUGCUUCGCCGCCGCCUCUGGCUCCCCUUCUCCUUUUCUCUGUCUCCGUUUCUCUCCUUUUUUUCGACGUCGUCGCCAGCGAUCGCCCGUUCGCCAGCUGGUGUCUCUUCCUCUUCGCCUUGUCCGGCAUCUCCGGCACCUGCGCCGCCCUCUUGGCGUCGUCAAGGAGACGCCUGGAUUUCUGAGUUGCUCUCGGCAGACGCUGCGGCCGAGUCUGUCGCGUCUGCGCCCCUUUGCACGCUGUCUUCUCCUUCUACAUCGCAGGAGCCGCAGGUCGCGUCGCCUCAGCCGUCGCCGCCUGCGUGUGCGCCAUCUGUGUGUUGCGCCUGGUCUCUCUGCGCCGCAGCGCUUCCGCCAGCUGUGGAAGACUCGGCAAUCGUCGGGAGUCUCAAGCUCCACUUCAUUUCCGCGUUGGAGGAGGCUGCACGGUCGGCCCUCGCCGUGGCACCUGGCGCGCGCGACCCGUCGUCGCCCUUGCUACCCCUCUUCUCUGUGGCGAGUGGCUCGGCCGGAGGGAGCCCCUCGACGCGCCUCAGGCUUCAGCGGCUUCUCCAGAGAGAACUCAUGAACGUCGGCGGCCACCUUCGCGUCAUGGCGGUUUGCGGCGACGUGUUUGAAGCCGGCGGGUGUUCCGCUUGGGGACGUCCUCAUCGCGCUGCAGUCUCCCCGCCUGCCGCGCCGCCUCCAGAUGCCGCUGAAGAGCGCGCGGGCUCCGGCGACAGUGGCAUCGACGCAGAGGGCCAAGGAGUCGCUUCCGUCCCGAGCAGUGCGUGGCUGUUGCCAUCCGAGCGCGUGCUGUGGGCGGUGCUGCAGCUGUCGGUGGCCCACCCCGAGGUGCUGCACCAGCGCAUGCGGCACCACGGGCUGCUGGAGGCGCGCGCGAGCCUCGCGGGCGCGGCCGCCGACUCUGAGGGGGUGCCCGGGCGCCCCGAGGCCCUGCUGCUCCUUCCCGCGCAGCUCCGCGCGCUGCAGGAAGACCCGCUCUCCGCCCAGUUCCUACCCACGUCGGCGAAGCUGAAGCGCCUCGCGGCCCGCAAAGUCCUGCGCCCGCGCGGCGAGACGGGCGCGGGGGUGUCGCGCCACGACGCGCAGAGCGCCGCGCCGGCAGACGAUUCACGCGUGGCCUCUGCGUCGGCACCGGGCUGGCCAGGUUGCGAAAGGAAGGCGGCACCGGCGCCCCAUGGAAUGGCUCCCUGCGGAAGCUGCCGCAGCUUCGCCCGUGCGCAGCUGCGCCGCUCUGUCUGUCUCUGUCGCUGCGCCUCGUCAUCCACGGCCGCGGCUGAGGCGGGAGCCGAGGCGCGCGCCGGCGAGGAGACGGGGCUGCUGGAGUCGUCGCUCCUCGAGGACGGCUCGGAGGCGGGCGACCAGCAGCUCGAAGAGGAUCUCGAGGCGCAUCUUGUCCUGCCGGCGCUCGCGGGCGCGGGGGGCGACGAGGCGUUGGGGCGACAGCUGCGGGAGACACUCGAGGCGCUCACGGCCGUGCUGCCGUCGCCCUCGCGAGCUGCGCUCUUCACAGACCUACUGACGACUCUUGCGGCUCCGCCGUCGUCGACGGCGAGCCUGCCAAAUGCCUUGCGCUUGGUGCCUCCAUCGCAUGUUUCCGCGGCCUGCGACUCCAGUUCGGCGUUGCGGCGAAGCGCCCAAGGCGCGGGUUGCGUCGCAGGCACAGAGAGAGGAAACGGUGACCGGCGGCACACCGCAGAGCCCGCCAUCGUCCACGAGGCAGGCGGCAAGGUCGGUGAGCUGAACGGGGGAAGAACCGAGGAGGCAGAAGGCGCCGGCCUCCCCGCCUGGCUGCGCCGCGCCUCCUCCACUCAGCCCUCUGCACGCGCCUUUCCGCGCGAAUCUCCUGGGGCCUCUGUGCCUGCGCGUGUGGAGACGCUUGGCCUGGAGUCUGAGCGCCUCGCUGCCUUUGCCCGCGACGUGGGCAGCGUGUCGCCGCUCGCUGCGUCGCCGCUGGGCUUCUUGCUGCUGCUCCGCGCGGGCGCCCUCUUCGCCCUCUCCGCGGGCCUGCGCGCAGGGCUGCUCGUCCGCUGGCACGCGCCGGAGCUCCGCAGGAGAGGCGAGGUUUCCACGGCGCGAGAGAUUCGAAUGGACGCGGAAGACGAAGCAGAGUCUGCCGCGAGAGCUGCCGUAGCACUCGCGCCUGCCAACGCGACGCACCCCGUGGAGCCGGAGGGAGAGAGUGGCGCACGCGAAUCUACGGCGCAUGCAGCGGCCCGCGCUUUGCCUUCCUGCGAGCGCUUCUGGUGCCGCGCGGGAGCUCGCGCACGGGCGAUCGGCUCCGCGUCUGCCUCUUCGUUCUUCACGUUGGAGCAGAUUGAAGCUCUUGUCGACGGGCUGCUCGAAGCGAACCUCCUGGCGCCCUCCGACGUCUCCGCGGAGGCGCUGGCCGCCGCCGUGGCGCGUCAGGUUAGUGACGCGCUCGCCGACGACGCAGGCACAGACGACGCAGGCACAGACGACGCAGGCACCGGCGACGCACGCGCCAACGCCAGAGACGCCAGUUGUGGAGGAGGCGGCCGAAAGGGCUCGCUUGCUGACGCGCCCAUCGGCGCUGGGGUGCCCAGACGCCAGGCGAAGGCCGACGGCGAAACGUGCGCGACGCAGCCCUUGGCCUGCGGGGCCCCGCGCGGGUCACCGGACCCCGGAAACGCGCCCUCGGUGGGCUCUGAGCCGCCGAUGCGGGAGCGUGCUCCUCUGCGUUCAGACGCCUGCACUGGGGAGGAGGAGGAAGCCUCUGCGGGGAAGCGCGAGCACACGGCGGAGGGUGUCUCAGCCAUCGCAGCAGGGCCGUCGCCAGCGCAGGAGGCGCGUAGGCUCGCGGAGCUUCGCCGAAGGGCGGCGGUGCGACGGGAGAUGUCGGCUCAGCAGCUUACGCGCGCUCUCCUGCCGCUCGCCCGCGCACUAGUCAGCUUCUACCGGAUUCUGUUGCUUCGGUGUCUCAGCCUCGCGCUGCAGUUUCUGGGGGAAGUCGGUGGCGCCGGCCGUAUGGCGAAGGUCCUACCCUUCUUGCUUUUUCCGCUGUACAGACACCUGGGCAGCCACACGAGCCGCGGGGUCGCGGCCGCGGCGUACUUUGCUCUUCUUUCGCUCCACAGCGCCUUGAGCGCGCCUCGCCUAGGUGCGCCUGUCUCGCCUGCGCCGUCGUCGCCAGGCCCUUCUCUUGAUCGCCUGGGAUGCGGUGCCUCGCGUUCGGCGCAGUCGCGGCUGUCGGGAGCGUCUCCGAAGUCGCCUGUCGGCUGCCUCCUGUCUCUUCACGGGGAUCUCUUGAUCGAAGCAGUCGCUGAGUCUCUGCACCAGCUCCCGGCCUCGGGGACUUCGUCCCUCGCACCGAGCGUUGGGUCGUUUCACGUCGUCGGCUCUGUCGACUCUCGCAAGAUGACUGAGAGCGACACAGCGUCGCUGCUCACUGCUCUGGUGGCCUUCGCGCCGCCGACGAUGCUGCCGGCUCUGUCGGAUUUGAUUGGCCUCCUUCUGCAGCGCCAGUACCAGCAGAAAGAGGCGCAGCUCCGCCGCGUGCUCGCGCGCCUCUCCUUUUCGUUUUUCUCCUCAGUAUCCCCGCCGCCCGCGGCCGCGGCCGGCUCACGCGCAGGCGAGGGGGAGAUAGGUGCCCUCGACGAUGAGACCGACGCGCGCACGCCGCUGUGGCUGCUGCGGGUGCUUGCCGCGCUGGCCUUCCUCCUCACCAGGCGCGUCUCUGAGGACCGAACGGCGCGUCGCCAGCGCGAGAGAGAGCGGCGACGGUCGCGCCUGCCGCCCUUCGAGGCCUCUCAGCAGUCGCUCGCUGCCGGCGCCCAACCGCUCGCUGCGUCGGUCGGCGCGCUGCAGUCGGCUUCGCGCCGGGAGCGGUGGGGGGGGGACUGUUUCCGUGGCCUGCCACCUCGCUUCCCACCUCCCUUCGCCUGGCUUCUGAGUCCGGCGCGGCUGAGGCGCGAGCGCGAGAAGGAGCAGCUUCUGGCAACGCGCGCGGCCUCAGGCACAGGGGCGGGCGCCGGCAAGGAAGCAGCACAGAGCGACGCCAGUUCGCUUGGCGCUACUAGCGUGAACGCAGGCGAGCGCGACAUGCCGCUAUGUUCACUCGAUGAAGAUGCAGACGUUGACCAGGAGGAGGAUGUGCUGAGCGGCGAUGGCGACGGAGAGGAGGCCGAGGAGAGGGACGGUGAUGCGGAAAGUGUAGUCAGCGCGACAGUGGACGAGGAGCUCUUUGUAAAAGAGAUGAAGGAGGCCGCGGAACGGGGUCACGACGCCGACGUGAGAGACGUGCUGGAGAAGUGGAAGGCGAAGCUCCUUUCUGUGCAACAGCGGCAGGCCACGAGGCAGCGGAAGCAACAGGAGGCAGAGAAAACGCGGAAAGCGACCGCCAGGAUCUUGAAGCCGCGGAAGGGCUGGGCCCAGCUCGGCGAAUACGGAAGUCUGCGCCUGCACGCAACUCGAAUUCUUAUGCGCGUUCGCCUUCUGCUGCACACGGAUCCACGACCCGCCGCAGCGGUGUACAUACACUUGACCAUGCUUCGCUGUAUCUACGUCCUCACUACUCGAAAACGCGAACUGCUGCCUCGCAUCCACGAGCUCUGGCCCUCCCUCCUGCCGUCGCUGAGGGCCGCGGCGCCGCUCUCCGUCCUCGUCACCACGCUCGCCAUCGUGACGCUCAUGGCGACCAGUGCCGGGAGUUUUGUGCGCGAACGUUUUGCUUCGGACGUGCUGCCGCCGCUUCUUCACCGCCUUCAGAGUCACCCGCAGCCCGCCGGCGAGCGCGACGAGGAAAGCAGAUCUGACCAGUUUAAGUUCGAGUACGCGUGGCUGUCGCUGCUGCUGGUGCUCGCAGCGCCGACGCCCUCGUUUUCGACUUCGUUCCUCGCGUCAGUCCUCGGCGAAAUUCUCUUCUCUUCAUGCUUCUGCCUGCACCGCUCGGCCGCCCCGGCGCUCCAGGCGCAGGCGCAGAAGCUCCUCCACCGCCUCAACUGCGUCAACACGCAGACACCUCUGUUCGUCGUCUCGAGCCUCGCGGAGCUUAGCGCGCGCGCGGCGUCGCCUGCGGCCUCUCCGCGUUCGGAGUCCUCGUCCGCGCCGCUCGCUUCAGAUCGCCUCCUGCGACUUGUCAGCUUCUGCACCGCGGCGCGCGGCCUGGUGUCGCAUGCGCAGUGGGAAGCCGUCGCGCGCAGCGCCUCCGCGACGCUUCUCGAGGAAGUCAAGGCUGAGAUGAGUGAAGAUCAGCGCUGGCAUUUCCUCGGCGGCGACGAGGCAGCCGCCCCGGGCACCAAUCGCGACGGCCGUGGGACGCCAGCGGACGACUCGCAGGCGCCAGAAGACUUGACGCAGCGCGGCGACGGCGCUGGAGCCGCUGCAGAGGAAACGUCGCAGGCUGAAGCAGACGAGGAGACGGACGAGGCGGCCGCGGCGCGUGCGCGCUGGGCACGUCGGAGGCACAGCGGGUGGAUGCAGCGCUCCAUACUGAUGUUUGACUACGAGCUGCUGGGCGAACAGUUCUUGAGGGAGCAAGCGGACGCCGAGGAAGACGCGAAGUUGCAGGACAUUCUGAAGCGAAUGGCAACGCGGCCAGCGCACUCGCCGGCAGCGAGUAACUAG